AUGUCGAAAGGUAUACUAACGGAUUUUGGCCCUAAAGUACACGGCGUACAAAACAAAAGUGUCUCAAUCUACGACUUUACCAGUUUGACUUCACUUAGUUCCUCUACCGCGCUUCCGGACGGCUUGGUGGCUUCUUCUGCGUUAAGAGACCGCCUUGCCCUCUCGAGUCGCAUUAUCUACUUUAGGAGGGUCAUCUCCUACGGGUACAACGUCUGUCCUGAAUGCAUCGUGUUCUUCGAGCGUAUCGAUCUCCUCGAGCGUAGCACCGGCUACUACACACCCUAG